AUGGAUGAUAUCAGUGGCUCCACCAGCUCAAAAAAUUUCAUUGAACAACGUCGUCAAUCGAUUGUACUCGAUUAUUUAAUUGCCACUUCAACACAUGGCCUACGCAGUGUAGGUCGUGCUUAUUCUACAUUGAAUCGACUCUUUUGGUUCUUUUCAUUCACUGUAACAUGCGGUAUGAUGUUCUAUUUUGUUAUAUCAAAUAUUCUACAGUAUUGUUCUUAUCCAACGCAAACUAAAGUUGACAUACGACUCGAUCGUCGCAUGCCAUUUCCUGCUGUUACUAUUUGCAAUGGAAAUCCUUAUCGAUACGAUAACAUAAACCAAUCAUUAGUUUCUUAUUAUCAUCGUUUAACAUCAUCUAACUUAACAGCUAAUCAGACCAUUCUCAAUUCACUGUUGAUUCCGCUCAUCGUCGAUUUGUUCACUCGAAAUCAAACCGAUGAAUUGGUUUCAAUCGGUUUUCAGCUGAGUGAUGUCUUACUCAACUGUGAUUAUAAUGGAAUUGAUUGUUCGAAUGCAUUUACAGUAUCGGUAUCACCAGUCAUGGGUAAUUGUUAUACAUUCAACUGGAAAGCAUCAGGAACAGUGUUUACAGUGAAUGACUAUGGCGAGACACUGGUUGCACGAGAUGGUCUCACAUUGUGGUUUUAUAUUCCACAAGAGCUCUUUUUCCCUUCGAUAUGGUACGAUAAUGGCGUUCUUAUAACUCUGCAUGAUAAUGAUGAGCUUCCUGUGCCAACUGAAACAGGUAUUUUUCUCCGACCAGGUGCAUCACAUUUGAUAACAUACCAAAAAAGCGAAACCACAUUCUUAGCAGCUCCUUAUUCGAAUUGUACAACAGCUGUUAGUGAUGAUCUACGUGAUCUGUAUGCAUCAACAUUUCUCGAUCCAAUUGCUUCAACCGAGGUUGUCUAUUCUGAAUCAUUAUGUUUAGAAUUAUGUCAACAAUCUUAUAUAUAUUCUCAAUGCUCAUGUAUUUUUCCUAUUCCAUUUUUCACUCGAAAGAUAUUUACGAAUGAUAAUGUUCUUAUUUCGGCGAAGGCUUGUAACAUAUUCACUGGCCAAAUUGCGUGUGCGAUUCUUGCCAGACAACGAUUAGUAUCGAACGAUUCGCUUCAAUCAAAAUGGUGUUCGCGAUGCGCUUCUCAAUGUAAACACAUCGACUUUCAAACGACUGUCAGCGCACAAGAUGCGCCGUCGGAAGGAGAUCGAGAAUAUUGGUCCAAGAUCAUAUUAAAUCCAUCAUCCAAUGUCAGCGUUUUACUUCCCAGUAAUAUUGCACAAAAUUUUGAUUAUUAUUUCGAUCGAAAUUAUCUGAAAGUUCAAGUAUCGUGUAGCAGCAAAUAUACUAUUGAAUAUAAUCAAGAAGCUAAACUAACAGUAAUCGAUACUUUCUCUGCCAUUGGCGGACAAUCAGGAUUGUAA